UGCUGCUGCUGUAUUUCAGCAGUUCUGAGAUCUCUGGUGGUGGUUUCAAGGUAUGAGGUUUAUAAUGGAACUAACAUCUUUGCCUAAAUUCCUUUGGACAAGUGACAACAAGCUUCUCCAUCACCAUUUUCCAGACAUGCUGGCUACUGUUCAUACCACACAAGACAUCCCUGAAGAAGUUGUUUUUGGACCAUGCAUGCUGCAGAACACCCUGCUGGACACUGUAGCUUUCAUUGCUCUCAAGUGUUCUGAUAGACGGAACAUCCAUUAUGUAUUUAAGGUGGAUGUUACCUCUGUGCACAGUCCCACAGGACUGCCUUGGAUGAGACUUGUACAAGCAGCUGCCAAUAGCAAGGAGCAGAACUUGGAAGCCUACUUAGAAAACAGUCAGUUAUACUAUCGCUCCACCAGGAAAAUCAGUAAAAAUGAGGAACUGCUUGUCUGGUAUGAUGAGGAGCUUUCCAGCCUCUUGGGUUUCAAUGAGAUAAAAGCUCAGAGUCCCCAGAAUGAGUUGAGAUGCCAAGAAUGUGACCGAGUGUUUAAAUGUGAGCAUUCCUAUCUGUCCCAUGUCCGCUUCCUCUGUGUCCCAGAGAAAAACCCUCUGCUAUGGAGAAACUUCCAGAACCCUAAAACUGAAAAGAGCAACCUAGCUGAGCAGACCACGAAUUUCCACAGUCUGGCAAGGGACCUGGAAGUCAAAAUGGCAGCUUGUAAAGAUGAUGUACAUGGUCUUAUUGGAGAAAGGAGAGCAAAAUCUGAAGAAGCUGAGAGCAACAGGAGCAGAAAAACAGUGCUGUUGGAGAAAACUAAUAAUUUGACUGAGGAACGUAACUCUGGGGGCAAGGAGGAGAUUGGGGGAGAGCAUGCAUUGGCUGGUUCUUUCUGGAAGCUUAGUUCAGGGAGGCAGUCAUCUAGGAAGGAUGCUUUAGAGCAGAAGCAGAGUGCUUUCACUGAGGUCAGGAGGAUGAAAGAGAAGCUGAGAAGUGAGAGACUGCAGGAGCCGGAGCAGGAGGAUGGCAUAGUCCCUCUUGGUGAAGAGCAGGUGUCAAAGGAAGUGUUGCUGAACUCCUCUGGUAGUGCAUUCUCCUUUGUUUGGCCCACCAGAGCUCGAGGAGAACAGAAGAGUGCUUUCAGCAAACCCAGUAAGUGUGUAACAGAAACAGCUGCAGUAAAUUCUUCUCAUCCUGUGAGUGAGUCAACAAAGAGCCUGGGGGAGCUGUCUGGCUUCAUUGCCACUGCAGACAUCAUGUGCUGCAGCACUCUUCUCAAUUCCAAGUUCUUUGUCAGUGAUUUAUGUAAUGCUCAGAUGCUGCAGACAAGCAUCACUCGGAGCAAUGUUUUCCCAUAUACCUCAGAACCGUGGCCCAAGCAAGCAGGAGGACAUUUACAAAACACCACCACCACUUCCUCCUCCUCCUCCUCCUCCUCCUCCUUGACUCUUCUUCCCCCCACCCUCACAUCCUUUGGAGUGGCUGCCCAGAACUGGUGUGCCAAAUGCAACCUGUCCUUUCGCAUGACAUCUGAUUUAGUCUUCCACAUGCGGUCCCAUCACAAAAAAGAAUACUCCUCAAGUGAAUCCCAGUGCAAGAGGAGACGAGAGGAGAAGCUGACAUGUCCCAUUUGCCAUGAGUACUUCCGAGAACGCCAUCAUUUAUCCCGGCACAUGACUUCUCAUAAUUAGAGCUGUGCAGACAGAUGUCACCAAGGGACCAGGCAGGUUGGAUGAAGAAGGAAAUGAUAGUUCACUUAAAUAAUUUCUUUCUGAGUUUACAUUAAUUUCUU